AUGGAAUCAUCUCAAGAUUCGGUAAGAAAUAUUGGAUCUAAAGCCUUGACUUCUAAAGAUGUGCUUGAAUCUGUCCCCGUCUCAUCUUUUAAAUCUGGAGAUGGUAUUAGAUCUGGUUUUUUAAGAUAUGAAUCUUUUCUUCCUUCAAAUUCUGUUUCAAGAUCUGCUAAAAAUUCUAAUCCUGUGAUGAAUCCGGAGUUCAAUGAGAAUGUUGAUUUCCCCCCGUUGAAGUCUUCCAAUAUUUCAAAUGAACCUAUCCAAGAAAUCAAAAAAAGCUGGGUCAGUUGUUUUGCUGACAAUAGAAAAACUGGAAGUGGCUUAGUAUUGGAUUAUUUGCCUCCAGAAAAUAAAGACAAUGUUACAUUUAAUGAUGAAGAAUGGAAUGAAGGGGUUUCUAUGUGGCAGUUCUCAUUAGUUGGACAAGUUCUUGGAUUAAAUGCCAAAUUUAAGGCUAUGGAGAUCUAUGUCAAGAAAUUAUGGUCUAAAUUGGCUAUUCCUGAAAUCUGUUUUCUUAAACCUGGGAUCUUCUUGUUUAAAUUUAAAAAUAAGGAAGAAAUGAAUGUGAUUUUAGAAAAUGGACCAUGGUUCUUUAGAUCUCGUCCUCUCUCAUUGAAGCACUGGACAAUUGGAGAAGAUUAUGAGAAAAUAAAUGAGCGCAUCUACCCUGUUUGGGUUCAAUUACCAGCACUUAAGCUAAAUCUAUGGAAUGCUAAAACUAUCAGUAAGAUAGUUAGUGUCAUUGGUCGUCCUGUUGCCACUGACAAACUAACGGCAAAUAAGCAAAGAUUAGCUUAUGCAAGGGUACUUGUAGAAGUAACUAUGCCUGCAGAUCUACCUGAUUUUAUUAUCUUACAAGGCCCUGAUAGAAAGAAAUUUAAUCAAAGAGUGAUAUAUGAGCUGAAGCCUAAAUGGUGCACUCAGUGUAAACUGGUGGGGCAUGAAACCAAGUUUUGCAAAAAAUUUCCAUGGGUUCAAAAAUGGAUUCCAAAAACAAAUGUUACAGCUAUACAUAAUGUGCAAGUUUCAGCUGGACAUGUGCAGGUUAAUCCUGUGCAUGUUUUGGAUGCUGAAAAUGAACUGUCAAAGUUAGGGGCUAUGAAUUCAAAUAUACAAAGGCCAGCUGGACAUAAUGUGCAGGAUGCUGAUAAUCAUGUGCAUGUUUUAGAUGCUGGAAAGAAAUUAUCUAGUCCUUUGUCAGGUUCAAAUCUACAAAGGUCUGAGGUGUGGGUGAAUUUUCCUAUGCAUUUUCAGCAUACCAUGGAGACUGGUAUACUUCAACAAUCUGAUAAAGGAAAGGAAAAACAACUUGAUGAUAAGACAAUGCAAGCUAGUAGCAGUCAAUUAGGCUUCAAAGAGAAUAUUCCCGUGCAUGGUGUGCAUGUACAGCAAGUACCAAAUAAGCCUUGGACUCUAGCACAAAGUAACAAUAAGAAGAAAUCUACUCCUACUAAUGCUUUUUCUCAUUUGGAGUUUUUGGAUUUGGAUCCCUCUUAA